AUGAAACUCAAUAACAAUGGAUUCGUGGGAGAAUUGCCUUCCUCCUUGAAAAAUUGCACAGAGCUAAGAGUUUUUGAUGUGGGAGAAAAUAAAUUGUCAAGAUUGGUACCUGAUUGGUUAGGGGUUAGCCUUUCAAAUUUGACCAUCCUUAUCCUUCGAUCCAAUCACUUCAACGGAAGCAUGCCGUCACAACUAUGUAAUCUAACACGCAUUCAACUUUUGGAUUUCUCUAUGAAUGACAUCUUUGGAACUAUACUCAAGUGCUUCAACAAUUUUACUACUUUGGCUAAAAAGGGAAAUUCAAGCUCAACCAUCUCUAGCUCAUCUACAGGCAUGACUGUAGAAUAUAUACCAAAUGAUGGAUCCUCAAUAUUGAAAGAAAAACUUUCUGAGGAUGAAGCAUCAUUAAUAUGGAAAGGGAAACUGUCCGUAUACAAAAGUACUUUGGGACUUCUAAUUAGUGUUGAUCUUUCAAGCAAUAGACUAACCGGGGAGAUCCCUUGUGAAAUAAUUGAGAUUGUUGGAAUGGUUUCUUUAAAUUUGUCGAGAAACCGUUUAACAGGUCAAAUAACUCCAGAGAUCGAAAUGUUGCAAUCGUUAGAUUCUCUUGAUCAAUCAAGAAACCAAAUAUAUGGUAAAAUUCCAACAAGUGUAUUUCAAAUAGAUGGUCUCGAUGUGUUGGACUUGUCAAACAACAACUUGUUUGGCAAAAUUCCAAUUGUAACCGUCUUUGUGAAUAAAGAAGAUAAGGAUUGA